AUGUAAUUGGAUUUAUAUAAAGAGAGACAAUAAUAGAACGAAAAUUCUUAACAGGUUAAAGCAGCAGAGGCUUUCUAAUCAUUAGUACAAUAUAUGAAUGAAUUAACGGAUUUGGUCAAUAAGAUUAAAUUAAAGAAUGAAGCCGAAUUCGUAAUUGCUUAUCAGAAUCAUAUGAAAAAAAUUAGAGCUGAAUUAAAAGAAUUACGAAAUAAAACAGAAGAACAACGCAGUAUAUAAACUUAGAAUAAAAUAAAUGUCACUAAUAAUGACAAUGAGUUAGUAAUCAAGAUUAAAUAAUUAGGUAUAUUUUAGAGAGGAAUGUCUGAAGUUAUAUCAAAAGGUUGAAAUGAAAAGUAAGGAAAACUAUGAAUUAAGAUAUAAAUUGACAGAACAAUAAAAGACCAUUGAUUUCUUAGAAUAAUAAAUCAAAUCAUUAAUGAAAAAGGUCAAAUUAUAAGAAAUCGAUAAAGAAUUAUUACCAAAUAUAUAGAUAGAUCACAUAUUUUGUACAAAUACUCCUGUUAAUUAACAAAGUAUCAUUAUUUAUUAAAUCGAAGAAUCUCAUCAAAGAAGGUUAACCGAAUAUCAGCCGAAAGUCGAAUUGACCUCAUCAUUGUCUAAGCAUCAUUAAUCCUCAAUUAAAGAAAUGUUUCCGGCUGAUGAAUUAAACAAAGAGAACCUUAAAUAUGAAGAAAUUGUUGAAAAAUUCACUAAGUAGAUAAAAUAUUUAUAAAAGAUAUGUGACCAUAAUUGAAUAAAAAUACUAAAACUAAAACAAAAUCCUAAACGAAAAAGUUAACAAACUGUUAAUAUCUUAAAAUAAGAAAAGCAUAAUUAGAAGUGAUCUAGAAUAUUGUUUUUUAGAAUGUGUUGAUGUUGUCAGGAGAGAAAUUUAGAAAAAAAGACCUUUAGGAAAUUUCUAAUAAUAUCAAUCUUAUUUAGAUACUAUUCAAGAUUUUCAGCAGUUCUAUAAAGAGGAUAAAAUCAAAAUAUUGGAAUUGGUAGUUAGUAAUGAAAAACUAUUAGUGUUUAUUUACUAGAAACUAUUUCCAAAUCAUGUGAAUUUAGUAUUAUAAUCCAUAAAAGAAGAUAAAACUCUCCAGACAUUCUUAGAUUAAAAUGUUAAACAUUCAGUUACAAUAACUAAUAAUAAUGAAGAAAGCCUUAACACCAAUCAUCUUCUUACUCAUUACAAAGUUGAUGCACCUAAAACAACUAGAGAAGUCAGAUCGGUUUCUUUGAAUAAAUAGUUGGAGAUGAGAAAAGGGAAAUUAUUUUUUAAAUAAUAUUGA